AGAAAAAUGGCAGAAACCGCCCCAGCUCCAGCUGCGCCAGCUAAAGCGCCCAAGAAGAAGUCGGCUGCUAAAGCCAAGAAGGCCGGACCAGGCGUUGGCGAACUGAUCGUUAAAGCAGUGUCCGCGUCUAAGGAGAGGAGCGGUAUGUCCCUCGCCGCCAUGAAGAAGGCUCUUGCCGCCAGUGGCUACGACGUGGAGAAGAACAACUCCCGCGUCAAGCUCGCCAUCAAGAAUAUGGUGACCAAAGGCGUCCUGAAGCAGGUUAAGGGGACCGGUGCCUCCGGCUCCUUCAAGCUUAACAAGCAACAAGCUGAGCCCAAGAAGAAGCCAGCCAAGAAAGCGGCUCCCAAAGCCAAGAAACCCGCCGCCGCCAAAAAGCCCAAGAGCGCUGCUGUAAAGAAGCCCGCCGCUAAAAAGUCACCCAAGAAGGCUAAGAAACCCGCAGCUGCCGCCAAGAAGGCGACCAAGAGCCCCAAGAAGGCCAAGAAGCCCGCGGCCCCCAAGAAGGCAGCUAAGAGCCCUAAGAAGGCCAAGGUGGCUAAGCCCAAGACGGCGAAGCCUAAAGCGGCCAAGCCUAAAAAGGCAGCGCCCAAGAAGAAGUAAACGACAUCUUCAGCUGUUUGUUCCUCAACGGCUCUUUUAAGAGCCACCCACUAAUUCUGAAGAAAGAGCAUAUACAUUACAUUAUCAAUCUUAAUGU